AUGCCGCAUAUGCUCAAGGGGAAGCUAGAUGGGCUGGUCCCUGCUGUCCGAGCAGGAGCUCGCCUCCUCCUCCCGCCCACCCUCCGCUACUGCCUUGCCGUCGCCGCUCAGCGGUAUCCCCGCUACUUCCUGCGCGCCUGCAACUCCUUUGACGAGCUCUACGCCCUGUGCAUGCUCGUCGUCGAGCGCCACUACCUGCGCAGCCGGGGCGGCAGCUUCACCGAAAACUUUUACGGCCUCAAGCGCGAAAAGGCCCUCUCGACCGAGAUACCCCGCGCCAACAUCGCCGCCCCCGAGAUCGUCAAGGAUGCCCUCAAGCUGUCCACCGCCGAUGUGUGGAGAAAUCUGGCCGUCAUGGUCGGCGUCCCCUACCUCAAGAGGAAGCUCGACGAGGCCUACGAGAUCAACGCGCCGCGCGCCUUGCUCGGCGUGGCCUACACCCGCAUGCCCCCAACCCGACGCAUCAAUGCUGCCUACUAUUUCUCCGUCCUGGCGUUUAACCUCGCCUACCUGUUCGACAACACGAAAUUCCAUAGCCCCUUCAUGUGGCUUAUUGGCACGAGGGUAAGACGCAUGGUGGCCGCCGACUACCGCGCCAUCGACGCCCUGACUUCCAAGGCUCCUGGCGGCCAACCCCCGGCUGGAGGACCGUCCUAUCGUCCCCUAGGGCCAUGGGACUUUGCCCAGCAGCUGAGCCGUAAGGCUGCCGAAAAUGUGGAGCUUCCGCCGCCCAUCAUCGCCGGCCUGUUAUCAGACAAGAAGGCCAAAAAGCUCGCCGGGUCCUCGAACGCUGCCAGGGAGGCGACGGAGGGAGACGCCACGGACUCUGGCGAGACAGAAGGAUCGCCAUCGAGCGCAGGCCCAGACCCGGACAAGGCGCCAAUCGCCACGCCUUCGAUGCUUCCCAUCCUGACGGUACCAACGCCAGUCGAUACCUCGCUUUGUGCCAUCUGCGAGGGUGAUAUCGCAACGGCCACGGCAUGCCAGACGGGCGUGGUCUACUGCUACACCUGCAUUCACCGAUGGAUCGAGGGCGUCCACCCGAAGCAGGAGGAGUUUAUGGUUGACAGAGUUGGAAAGUGGGAUAGUGGCAAGGGCAGGUGCGCGGUCACCGGCCGGCGCGUCCUCGGAGGCACCGAAGGCCUCAGGCGAAUCAUGCUCUAG